AUGAAAAAGAAAGAAGAAGAAAUUAAGAUGUGGAUGCGUAAGCCGAAGAAGGCCUUAGAUAUUUACCGCCUUGCAAUUUCCACCAUUUUUAUUUUCAUCCCUACUGUCCAGCUGGUUGCACUUUACUCCAUCAUCAUGAUCAAGCUUAAAAAGCAAGUCCAUCCAGGUGAACAGUCAGCCAACGCCGAGGAACAGAGCACAAGAAGAAACAGAAACGUGCUUAAUAAGAUGGCUAUCGCUUUUGUGUUGUUUUUUUUUUGCGGGACCCCCUACGUCAUUAACGAGUUGAUAUCUCUUUGUUUGCUCACGGGUAUGAUAUGUUCCUGUAGUUCAGAUAUAUACACUUAUCUCAGCUCCAUUUUUAUCUCCGCAUGUUGUGUGAUCAACCCAAUCACUUGCUCCUUUUUUAGCAGCAAUCAUCGCAGAGCUCUUAAGGGAUUUCUGAAUUAGUCUAGAACUGGGCAGGUUUAACUGUAGACAAGAGACGUAUAACUGCGAGUGCUCCGGUUUUUUAUUGCAAUAAAAGCCUAAAAGCGAAACGGCCGUCUGUAUACAAAGGUCCCGUCCACACAAAUACGGAUACUUUCGAAACCGCGUAUUUUUUUUUUCUACGAAACCAGUGAACCGCAUAUUGUGAAACCCCUCUACGAAGUGGAUUUUUUUGGAUCCGACGGGUUUGGUUAUUUCGUGUGGACGACUGAAAAUGGGUAUUUUUUAUGUCAACUACGUCAUGAAUGCGAGAGUAGUCUCAAAUGAAAACUCUCGAAUUCAAAAUGGUGGACAUUACAAUGACUCUACAACUUUGCACCUUUGCUUGCUCUGAUCGCCAUUCUUAUCGCAUGCGUUGUGCUAAUUUGACGACAACAAUAAGCCAUUUCAAAAGAUCGAAGACUUAAUCUCAUUCUGAUUAUGAAAUCUUUAAGUUCGAGACGAAGGUCGGAACCUUGUCAAAGUCGAUUUUAGGUUCGUCUAACGUGAACAAGUGCCUGGUGAGACAACGUAGAGGCAGGACUGGCCAUUGUGCUCGAUAAAGCUACAACAACAUUCAGAAAUGUCGCGAAAUCACAUCGCAGGCUCUGUUUGUACAUGCUUACUAACUAGUAAUUAGAAAAUGAGUGUAAAUCGCCAGUAGCGUAUUUGUGUGGAUAGGUGAAUCCAAACGGCGGAUACGCCACACUGAAGUCAUGUAGACGCAGUUAGUCCAGCAUACAUGGAUUCGUGUGGACGUGGUCUCAUAGUAGCUGUAAUAAACUUUAUGCUAUUGCAAUACUCGAUCGACUUUAGGAGCCCUCCAUAGGAGGGAGGAGUAAGGUGAUAUUAUAGAAAUAUCCUUUCACAGGAUUUAUUUUAAAUGACAUUCCCAUUGGUCAAACUAAUGCGUUUUCUUUAACAUCAAAAAUGCAUCGAUCGAUUUACGUCCACGCUACCGUUUUGAUGAGUUUUCGACUAUCCACACUUAACGUUUCAAAACGAUAGAAUUGCAUGUUGUGACGUAAGAUAGAUAGAUAGAUAGGUAGAUAGAUAGUUUAUUCUGAUUAAAAUCGCAGCCAAAAGCUGAAUUAGAUUAAUCGUUACAAUAAUAAAAUCUAAAAAAAAUAUGAGAAAAAUAUAAAAAAAAUGUACACAUAUGUAGCUAAAAAUUUAAUUACAGUUGCUAUAUAUAAAUGUGUUCUUAAGUCUCUUCGUCUUAGCCAGAGGGACUCUAUGCGCAUGCUACAAGAGCCUCCGAUAUUUUGCAACCUACAUAGUACAUAUGACGUCAUCGUUUUCAUUUUGAUGCAUUUUUGACCGUUUUGAUAGUGUCUAUGAUACGAUAUGUUAGGCAUUCCUUUGAUCUAUUCGAGAAAGUUGUUAAGUCGAUAAUAUAACUUCUCAAUGAAAAGGCCCAGCGUAAGUUAGUGGACGGAAGGCCUAAACACAUCGAAAUAUGUGUGGACGGGGCCCUCUAUUUACAGCCAAAAGAAAGAGGACAGAAAGAAAGAAAAGGAAAAAAAAAUAGAAAAUGUAAAUCAAGUUCGACCACAGUAGUUGGCCUGGAAAUGAAUUCUUUCCAAACCACAUUUAUUGUUUUAGGUUUGAAAUUGUGAAAUACAGAAAUGAAUUUAUAAUGAGUACAUAGCGAUGUAAAUUGAGGAAUCCUGACUAUCACCCGCAUUAUAAUAAUUUAAAGAAACGUAACUCCUAGUGUGACUAUAAAAAACGUUUUUAAAUUUGCAUUGAGCAAUUGUUGGAAGGUUGUUCCCUUUGGAUAUGAAGACGUGAAUUCCUUUAUCUUGAGUUGAAAACUUGUGGAACAAACGAAAAGUAAAUUGUAACCGUUUCAAACGACAGGGAUUCAAAAACUCUUUGUAAAGGACAAAAUUCAUAUUUCUACGCGCGUAGCAGUUCAUUGAUGUGUAUUCUAUCUCAGUGCUGAAUCAACAAUACUUAUAUCAAACACAUACGAUAUAUAUAUCUUGCUAUCGGUAAUGCUAGUCAUUUUACUUCAUCUUCGACUAUAAGUAAGCAAUUCUGUAUAUGUCAAAAGCAUAGUAAGUUAUGAAGUAUAUAUGAAAUAAUUCAUUUUUGAACUGCGGAAAUUGGAAAAUUGGAAAAUUGGAAAAUUUACUGCGAUGAUUAUUCUUCACUUUCAUCUACUACCGCAGUUCAAGAAUGAAUUAUUUCAUAUAUACUUCACAUCAUUUAACUCCUCACGGGAGAUAUGAACUCAAUAAAUUGACCUCGCUCCUAAUGUGUGGCUUCAUAGCUCAGUUGGUAGAGCAACGCACCGGUAACGGGGAGGUCACGGGUUCGAAUCCCGUUGAAGCCCUGAUUUUUUCAGGCUUCUUCUUUCCAAUUGCUUAAAUUGGAAAAUUUACUGCGAUGAUCAUUCUUCACUUUCAUGGUAAGUUAUACUGCUUGCUGCUCAAGUAAAAAUAAAACUUAAAGACAAUACUCCUGGUUAAUGGCUUUUACCAAUUGUAAAGUCCACGCGACUGUCACAGGACUAAUCUUCCCGAAUUUAAACAUAAAUGGGAAGUUAAUGAAGAUUCCAUAAAUAUCCGAUCAAUGGGCUUUUAAGGUUCUAGAACACUCUUAAGGAAGAAAGAGUUAGUUAGUUAGAGAGAAGACAAACGGAGUUAGCAAGGAGGAGUUAGCAACUGGAAAGAAAGAUUUGGAGAUUGUUGAAGGAAAAGUUAGAGAUAGAGAGAGGGAGUGAACUAAAGCAGCAGCGAAGGAUUAACCUUAAAGAUUAAGUGAAUUGGAAGAGAAGUAAGAAUGGACAACCGCCCUGCGAUUAAGUAAAAUAAACCUUUAAAAUAUAACUGGUUGAUUGUGGAGUUGCUCUCGUCUUGCCGUCCCCAUCAAUAAACGACACACAAAGAUCGUCUAUCACGACUAACGAAAACGCGAAAGACUUCGUAAAUGCUAAAAGCCGUGCCAAACCAGAAAGAAUCUCUACUCGCAGGAUAUUUAAAACCCAAAAUUUCCCACACAAAAGAUAAGCGCAUUGUAGCCCUUAUUUUAUUGUCUUACGAAUUUUCAAUAAGGUCGUAUAAAACAACGGUUAACGAGAAUAUCAUCUUUUAAAAAAUCCAUUAAACGGUUUCAGAAUUAUUUGCUCAAUUUUUGGUUAAUGUAUGAGCCAAAUAUAAACUUAAAUGCGAACAACAGCAUCUCACGAAUGCUAAUGAAAUCCCUCUUUUUUAGAUCGUUUAAAACUAUCCCUUUGAUUCUUUCAGGUUUCAUUAGUUUUCAUUGUGACCCAUCUGGAACUCAAUUAAUUUUUCUGGCGGAGCGAGUUUAUAAUUUUGUCGCGCGCGCAGCGCGCGGAUCAUGCGAGGAUCGCAAGACAACUGCGAUUUCGCUUUUGUCAUAAAUCUUUCUAUCGGUUUGGUGUCUGCAGUUGCCUAGCAACAAGCCAUAAACAAAUUCUAAAGACGCCAUUAAACAUGACGUGAUCGUGCGUUUUGGAUUUCCAGGCAACAACGCCGGCGACUUGGGCUCAUUUUAUUCAUCCUCUGUUUAUUGUACGUUUGCGAAUCGCAAAGUAUUUCUGUGGCAAAUAACAGCGGGCUGCCAACACAACAGUGCCCGGUUGGACAAGUGGCCGGAAAUCCUUGCCGUGGGAGUCUUAACACCAAAAGAACGGUGACCUGAACUUCAGCUAGCCUGCGAAAAAGCAUCCGUUUCUUCUCGCUCUUCGCUGCUGGGGACGUUUCGCGAAACGUCCCCAGCGCCGAAGAGCAAGGAGAAACGGAUGCUUUCGCAGGCUAAACUUAUUAAUAAGCGAGAGCAGCGAUAAAGGAGACCAUUCCGUUAAUCGAGCGGUCUAUACAAAGCCCGAGAGUGAAUAAACAAGGAGAUAAUGUGAAAUGGUUUUGAAAUACUCGUUUUGAGCUACUCUUCCUCAAAUGUAUCUUUGAAUUCAUGAUAAAUACAGCUCUACAAGGUUCGAACAGUGUGAAUGGCAGAGAAAAAUACUUCAACACUUAUAAUUUUGGUGUAGUGGUCGCAUGGCCCAGUGGUCAGAGGCCGCACUUUUCGGCCGGAGGAACUGUUGGGGUGCAGGUUCUAAUCCCGGGGUGGCUACUUCCAUACUUUUUUCAUCGCAUUUUUAACCUUUGGCUUUCUCACUACUGACCAUGUUAGCUUCGCGAGAUUUUUGCGAAAACAUAUUUCUAGUUUAAUUUGCUAUUUGAAUUUAUAUUGACAAUAUAUAUUGAUAAAAGGUUUCAUUAAAGUAGGCAUCAUUACAGACUAAAGCAACGUUUUUAUGUCACAAUAUUAAACUCAGCGACGAUUGAGUGGCAUUAUUUUCAGUAACUUUUAAACAAAGCAGUAACGAAGUCGACUGUAGAAGGAGCAGAUGACUUGUCCAGGUGCCCCAUUCAAACGUAUGACUUAACAUGUUUAAUUAAACCAUGUUUUUAAACAUGUAAAACGGACACGAAAAACAGGAACACAGGUUUUUAAUUACACAGGAUGCAGUAAUAAAAUUCAACCCGUUUUGUAAUUUGCAAUAAAGUUGCCAUCAACCUAAAGUGCUUUUAUGUAGGCAAGAAAAAAUUAUGCUGUCUUUGACUAAACAACUUUUAAUUUAUAUGUUUAAGCUUUGGUGUGAAUGGGGCAUAGGCCGAUCAGCUGGGUGAAAACUUUCGAAAAUAAAAUCGAUAAAACAGUUCAAUUCAGCUUUAUCUACUAAGCAGUCUUUCCUUUAACUUUUUUUAUGAGAAAAAAAAAAAGAAGACAAAGAAACCUUACUUUAAACAAGGGUCUUUUACAAAUGCAUAGGAUAGCUGUAUCAUUAUAGAAAGUUAGCAGUUUAUAUAUAGGCAAAAGUUAAAUGUUUAUUUAACAAUUAGUUCAUGCGUCAGCGUGAGUAUAUCAAGAUAUCAGGCAAACGGCAAAUUUGGGGCGUGAGAGUUGCUCUAUUCGAAGACGGAAUGGGAAAGUUGUAUCGUUAUACCAAGUUAAGCACUAGUUAA